UUGCGCCCGGAAGAUAAAACCAGCCGUAAAUAAAUCAUUAAAGCAUUGAACAUUAAUGGCUAGUGAAAAUCGAGGCUGUUUCGUUUGGCUCAUAAGUUUUAAGAAGUCUUGCAACGAAAGGUUUGCAAGAUUUCGAAACCGCAUGCGCCAAAGAUACUAUGCAAGAAGAGGAAAGACUCUUGACCCAGAAACCCUGUUAAAUGAAACAGGUACUGCCGACAUGGUCGUCUGUAAGAUUGCCAGCAAGUCAAACAAAGUCGAUCCUCAAAACCUGUCAUCAAAGAAUGACGAGGCUGUUGAUUCUAAAAUUACAACAGUGACAGGGACCGCAGCAGACGAUGAGAGCAUGGCAGACGACAUUCUUG